AGCAAAAGCCAAGGCACCACUUCCUCCAGCUGAGACCAGAUAUCUCGAUGCCUCUCCAGUUGAUGAUACUGUAGAAUCCUCUACUUGCAUCAUGGAACAGAAAGAAAACACAAUAGAUAAAGACAUUGAACUCUCAGUGGUGCUACCUGGGGAUAUUAUCAAAUCGACUACUGUUCAUGGCAGCAAACCUAUGAUGGACUUGUUGAUAUUCCUUUGUGCACAGUAUCACUUAAAUCCAUCCAGUUACACAAUUGAUCUGCAGUCAGCUGAAAAUAACCCCAUUAAAUUUAAGCCAAACACACCAAUAGGAAUGUUGGAGGUGGAGAAAGUCAUUUUAAAGCCAAAAAUUUUGGAUAAGAAAAAACCUACGCCUAUAAUACCAGAGAAAACUGUGAGAGUAGUGAUCAAUUUUAAGAAAACACAGAAGACAAUAGUGAGAGUUAGCCCUCAUGCACCACUGCAAGAACUUGUCCCCAUUAUAUGCAGCAAAUGUGAGUUUGAUCCACUCCAUACGCUAUUGUUGAAAGAUUAUCAAUCUCAGGAGCCCCUUGACUUGACACAAUCUCUUAAUGACCUGGGACUAAGAGAACUAUAUGCCAUGGAUGUCAGCAGAGAAUCCUGCCAAAUAUCACAAAACCUAGACAUUAUGAAGGAGAAAGAAAAUAAAGGGUUUUUCAGCUUUUUUCAGCGCAGUAGGAAAAAGCGGGAACAGACGGCGAGUGCCCCUGCAACUCCUCUAGUAAGUAAGCAUCGCCCAACUUUUACAAGGUCCAAUACCAUAUCCAAGCCAUAUAUUUCAAGCACACUGCCAUCGGAUGCCCCCAAGAAGAGGCGGGCUCCGCUGCCUCCAAUGCCGGGAUCUCAGAGCACCCCCCAGGACCUUGCUCACAUCCAGGAGAGGCCAGCUUCUUGUGUAGUGAAGUCCUUGAGCAUGGACGAAACAGAGAAGAGCCCGUGUGGAGCAGGCAUAGUGAGGACCGGCUCUCUGCAGCUCAGCAGCACAUCUGCCAGCAGUUCAUCUUUGAAAAGGACAAAGCGAAAAGCGCCUUCCCCACCCUCCAAAGUACCCCUGCAUCAAAGUGAUGACAACAGUCCCAUCACUGUCCUGCAGGCAGGACGCGCAGUUCCUUCGGACGGUGUUUUGGAAACAAACUCCCCUGAGGGGCUGCCCAGCCCAGAUUUUACUUCUUUGGCAGACUCCUUCCUUGGCCCCGGGCUCCCCAGUCACGAACACUGCACCGUGCCCAGACUGCUGGAUGAACCCUCUCUCUCCGAAUGCCCUGGAACACCAGAGACGGCCGUAACAUCUCUGACAUCUGGAAUAAGCUCUGAUCAUAGCCUUGAAGAGAUAGAUGAAAAGGAAGAACUGAGUGAAGUGCCCAAAGAUGAGACUGAAAAUAUUUCUCUGAAGUCACAAGCUAUUCCUUUUGGAUCUACUGAUAUAAUAAAUACACUGAAAAAUGAUCCUGACUCAGCCCUUGGCAAUGUUACUGGAGAGUCCUCACAGAACUCCAAAGAAGAAAAACAAGAAGCUAGAAACACAGAUAGACAAGGGCCACACAUAAUGGUAUAUGACGCAAGCAGUGAAGAGAGGGUAGUUGACAGUGUAAGAAACUUGAAGUCAUUGGGCCCAUACCAGGAGAAUGUGGAUCAAAAUGAAAGAAUUGUCACUACACCAAACACAGAAGAUCAUAUGAAAAAUGGAGUGAGGAGAACAAUAAUCAACGUAGGAGGCGUUGCCAAAAGUAACAAUGUGGACACGGAAGUUGACAGACUCUCAGACUAUCAAGCGCAUAAAACUGAUACUGCUGGCAGUUACAAGGAGGAUCACCUGGCUGCUUCAAUAGUACAGGACCCAAAACUGAAUCAACCCAGUGAAGAAAAGACCAAAAUGCAGGAUGCAGCCAUUCAGACCAUCCCUUCCACUGACAACUCUGACGGGAACCACCGAGAUCAUGAUUUGUCGGAUUUCCAAGUUAAUGAAAGUGUGCAAACUCCAAGUAACAAUAAAUCAACUCGGCCUUCCUCUUCAAGUCCCCAGGAUGCUGUAGAUGCCUCAGGAACAUUCAGGAGUCAGGGCCCCCUAAAUGUACAUUCAGAAAAUCAACUUCCCAUCAAAGGUCCAGUUGGUUCACACGGUAAUGAUGAUCUUUUGCUUCCUAUAGAUGGGAUUGAUAAGGAUUCAGCUAUUUCUCAUGUGAAGAAUUAUCCACUUUAUAGACAGGACUAUGAUCCCAAGCCAAAACCUUCAAAUGAAAUAACGAGAGACUACAUACCCAAAAUUGGAAUGACUACUUAUAAAAUUGUGCCUCCCAAAUCCCUGGAGAUAUUGAAAAAUUGGGAAUCAGAAACCACUGGGGAUAAAGAUGAUCAGGAGAUACAUCCUUUAGGAAGAAAGCACAUUCAUGAGAGUUUGAAAGAAACUGCAAUCCAAACAGAAGAUUUUGUUAUUUCUGAAAGCCCAAAGGUGCCACAGGCAGACGUUCAGCUGAAGCCUCCCCCAAGAACAGGGCAUCUAGUGCACAGCGUGGAGAGCUCACCCCACCUCGCCAUGGGAAAUCCUCUGAAGCCUCCUCCCAGAACGACGAAAGACACUGGUACAGCUCCUUUUGUGCCGAAUUUGGAAGAUAUAAACAAUAUUUUGGAGUCAAAACUUAAAUCUCGGGUUUCAAAUCCCCAGACCAAACCAAGUUCUUUUUUCCUGCAGAUGCAAAAAAGAGUUUCAGGUCAGUAUGUGACAUCUGCAGCUGCCAGGAGUGUCCACGUGGCCCCUAACCCCACUCCAAAAGAACUACUAAAGAAAGAGGGGGAAAGGGAUGCGAUACCACCUCCGGAGGAGCAAACUCUUUCUCCCUUAAGUAAGACAGCUCCAGCCCUUCCACAGCCCCGUAUGAAAAACCCUCAGGAUGGCAGCAGCAGCCAGAAGCCCACUGAAACCUCUCCUCCUCCCGGAGCUCCAAAACCUGCUCCUCUUCUGGACAGUCAAUUAGCAGCACUAAAUCUGAAGACUUUGAAAACUUUUGGGGCCCCGAGACCUUACGUGAGCUCUGCUCCGUCUCCCUUUGCCCUUGCUGUGGUGAAACGGUCCCAGUCUCUCAGCAAAGUGCGCCCAGAGCCGAGCGGCGAGGGUGCGGCCGCCCACCCUCCACCUGACGCAGAAGAAGGGAAGUCUCCUUCUGAACGUCAGGUUGUGGGCAUCCCACAGCUGUGUGUGAGUGAGGAGGGAAAUAACUCUGCACACAAUGAACAGAAUUCCCAAAUACCAUCUCCAACUGACUGCCCAUCGUUCAUUCUUAAGAGACAAAGUUCUUUAACAUUCCAAAGCUCUGACCCAGAACAGAUCCGACAGAGUUUGCUGACUGCGAUCCGUUCUGGAGAGGCUGCUGCCAAAUUGAAAAGGGUCACUGUUCCAUCAAAUACAAUAUCUGUGAAUGGAAGGUCAAGACUCAGCCAUUCCAUGUCACCUGAUGACCAAGAUGGUCAUUAAAUGUUGCCUGUGAUAAUGCACUUCAUCACCUCU